AUGGCUGAAUCUUUGAAUGAGUUCAAGAUUCUUUACUGCCAUAUGGUGGAACCUAGGAUGAAAUCAGUAUUUGAAAGAGUUUAUUGCCUUGAUAGUCUUGUCCCUAUGAGAAAAGCAUUCAAAGGGACUUUUAUUUCUGCUGGUGGGUAUGGCAGGGAAGAUGGUAACAAAGCUGUGGCUGAAAACAGAACCGAUCUUGUUGCUUAUGGUCGUUUGUUUUUGGCUAAUCCGGAUUUGCCAAAACGAUUUGAGCUUAAUGCUUCUCUUAACAAGUAUGACAGAUCAACCUUUUAUACACGCGAUCCUGUUGUUGGGUAUACGGAUUAUCCGUUCUUGGAAACCACAAUUUAA